AUUCGUACAACAGUGAUGGUUUCAUGUACAAUUUUCGUUUUACCACCAUUUCGUAAAGCUUUAUUUAAUUUAUUGGGUAUUAAACGUCAUCAAAACAUUGCUGUGAUACCACUUAAUAAUAAUUAUUUUAGCAGUCGACGUAAUGAUCAAUGA